CUUAUAUAGUCCAUCAUCCACAGCCCCACCGUGUUCAACAACCCCCACCACCAUCUGUCGAGCGGAGCGGAGGAGGAGGCAGAGGACAAGGAUGAAGCUGGUUUGGUGCCCGGAUACCGCCUUGAAGGCCUACGUCGACGCAGUGAAGGCCCUCGCCGAACGCGGCCUCGAGGAAAGCAGCGUGGCCGAGAUGGUCUCCGCCAUGGCCGGAGGUUGGAGGGCUCAACUCGUGGUGGAAGCGUGGGCCCGCGACGCAGGCGCUGCCACCGGCGUCGGGCUCCGAGCUGCCGUCGAGCACGUGCGAGGCCGACACGUGUGCGUCGUCCCUGACGAGCAGUGGGCGGCGGAGUACGUCGGGGCCAUGCGGCGGGCGGGCGAGUCGGUGGAGGCGGAGUCGGUGGCGGUGGGGGAAGCGGAGGGCGCGAUGCGGGAGCUGGAGGGGGUGGACCUGAUGGUGGUGGACUGCCGGCGGAGGGACGCCGGGAGGGUGCUUAGGGAGGCGCGGCCGGGGGAGAGGGGGAUGGUGGUGGUGUGCAAAUGGGCGGGUAGGCAGCGAGGCGGGGCGGCCGGGGUUUUCAGGGCCGGGACGAGGGUGGUGCGGGCGACGUACCUACCCUUAGAGGGCGGCGUGGAGGUGUUCCAUGUCGGCGUUGGGAAGGGGCCGAGCUUGGGUGACGUCCGUUCCCGGUGGAUUAGGUAUGUGGAUGAUUACAACAACGAAGAGCAUUUGUUCAGAAGAUGGUGACUGAUAAUAGAUAAGAU